UUUUAUGCAUAUUUUAUACAUUAAAUCAUGAUACAAUUUCUUUUUCAAUGGGAUCGAGUGGAAAUGAACGAGUCCAUCGUUGUUAAAGGCAAAACGAAUUCUGCAGCAUCGCCGUCGCAUUGCACACGGUAGGAUGGGUAGACUCGAGUCGAGAAAGUCGAGUGAUUCAGGGUGGGUGUUGGGGGACGACGGGUUGGCGAGAUGAGUAGGUGGGGGAUGUGCACGAUAUACGAAAUCCGUGUGGGUACCACGCGCGUACAUAAUAUCGGAUCAGUUGGUGAAUGUACUGUGGAACGGACGCUCGGUGGAGUCUCUCCUUGGAAUUGCAAAGUUUUCGAAUUAAUUCAGGAGUGUCGAGUCAUCUCAAGUGUUUUUUCCCCCCCAACGGUGGCGACGAUAGUGGUCAUAGUGUAGGCGGUGGUGGCAGCGGCAACGGCGACGACAACGACUCCUUAUGGGGGUGCUUGCUUUGACGGUUGCGCGCGUGCACGCGUGCCCGGAGGUGGAUCGCGGACGAUGUGCGGACGUCGAAGGACGGCGCGAGGAAAAAUGGUGAGGUGACUUGGUCCUGGGCGCGGCGUACCCAGCAGGAAAGAGAGUUGCGUGAGCGAGUUACGCGGGAGGACACGUACAGGGUCGGCCGGUAUGUGCACGCGGCCUCGUCGAAGUGGAAUAGCGGUCAUCUUGGCUUGGAUCGUCCUUUUCUGGCGAAUCCGCUGCUGUCAGUGCGGCAUACCGUACGUAACCCCGUGCAACGUCGUCGCUGACGGACGGGAGUUGCUGUGCCGCGGAGCCGAUCUGCUCUCCCUCGAACCGAUCUUCGAUGUUGAUCCGUUGAAAGCUAUUGUUCCUGUCAAUAUUACAAAGAUUGAUUUGACCAACAAUAACAUAACAGACAUUCCAAUACGUGCUUUCCAUCGAUUUCCUAAUCUCGAAAUUUUAUUUCUUCGACGUAAUCAUAUACGUGCCAUUCAUGAUGACGCAUUUAUAAACUUAUCAAACCUUCGUAUAUUGGAACUCGAUGAAAAUUAUUUAACGAAGAUACCAACUGCUGCUGUAAAUCUACCUAGCCUCGAAGAAUUGUCUAUAUCGAAUAAUAAGAUAGAACACCUCACAAGAGAUGCAUUACGCCCCGCAAGUAAUUUGAUGUCGCUCGAUUUACGGGGAAAUCCUAUUAAGGAAGUACACAACGAAACCUUCCAGAAUCUUGGCAAACUUCGUAAGUUAAUAUUAUCAAAUGUGAAGGAAUUACGACUUUUUCCCAAUCUAAAUGGAGCAGUAUCUUUGGAGGUAUUGAGAUUAGAUCGUUCCCAAUUGAAGGAGGUUACUCUUAAUCUUUGUCGACAAUGUCCGAAACUCAAAAGCCUUGACAUGAAAUCCAAUUCUUUGACAGAGAUACCAAAUUUACGGAGUUGUAACGAACUUCGCGUUUUGGAUUUAGCUAGUAAUAUGAUUUCUAUGUUACCUGACGAUGCUUUUAAAGGCUUGAACAUGCUACACGAUCUCCUUUUGUCUAAUAAUAACUUACAGAGUAUUUCCAGUAACGCGUUUACCGGAUUAUCUAGACUUCAGGUUUUAGAUUUAGAGAAUAAUUAUAUUGAAUAUAUACAUCCCGAUGCGUUCAGGGAAACAAAACGGUUGCAAGAUUUAAAUUUAGGAAAUAAUGUUUUCCCUACACUGCCGAUAAGAGGUCUAGCGGGAUUAUUGCAUCUUAAGACAUUUAAUAAUCCUGCAUUGCGAGAAUUCCCGUCUCCUGAAAGAUUUCCUCGAGUACAAACGAUGUUGCUGUCAUACGCUUAUCAUUGUUGUUCGUUCCUCUCGCUUGAAGUGGAGGAAUCUGUUACAAAAUCGCCGGUGCAGGAAUCAAUUUUAUUUCCCACUGAUGAUUUCGAUAAUAGUUUAUGGAAUUCAACAUUUAGCGAUAUCUGGCCACAAUUGGAUUUUACCUACCCCGGAAACCUGCCUUCCUACGUAGAAGAUUAUUUCGAGAACUUAGACGGUCGAACAACAUCGACGAGUCGGACUGUAUCCUCUCGUAUCCAAUGCUUACCGCAACCCGGUCCUUUCCUACCGUGCCAAGAUUUAUUCGACUGGUGGACCUUACGAUGUGGCGUUUGGAUAGUCUUCCUCCUUGCAAUGCUCGGCAAUGGCACUGUAGUGUUUGUUUUGAUAUUUUCAAGAAGCAAGAUGGAUGUGCCACGAUUUUUAGUCUGCAAUUUAGCCGCUGCCGAUUUUUUCAUGGGUGUUUACCUAGGUUUAUUAGCUGUUGUUGAUGCGUCGACGUUAGGAGAGUUUCGAAUGUACGCUAUUCCAUGGCAAAUGUCGGCCGGGUGUCAGCUGGCCGGCUUCCUGGGAGUCCUUAGCUCUGAACUGAGCGUGUAUACUCUUGCUGUGAUCACUCUGGAAAGAAAUUACGCGAUAACACACGCAAUGCAUUUGAACAAACGGCUGUCAUUGAAGCACGCAGGCUACAUUAUGACGAUAGGUUGGUGCUUCGCUCUCUCCAUGGCGAGUCUGCCAUUGUUGGGAGUUUCAGAUUAUAGAAAAUUCGCUAUUUGCCUGCCGUUCGAGACUAACGGCAGCGCGGCACUUGCAUACGUGGUAUUUCUCAUGCUCAUUAACGGAGUGGCUUUUCUGAUAUUAAUGGGAUGUUACUUGAAAAUGUACUGUGCAAUACGAGGUUCCCAGGCGUGGAACUCCAACGAUUCUCGAAUAGCGAAGAGAAUGGCGCUGCUCGUCUUCACAGACUUUCUCUGCUGGUCACCGAUAGCCUUUUUCUCUCUCACGGCAACCUUUGGACUGCAGUUGGUAUCUCUAGAACAGGCAAAAGUUUUCGCGGUAUUCGUGCUACCGCUCAACUCUUGCUGUAAUCCCUUUCUAUACGCAAUCCUUACGAAACAGUUCAAAAAGGAUUGCGUGUUGAUAUGCAAAGCGAUCGAAGAAUCACGUGUAACCCGAGGUAUCGGCAGGUGCCGGCACAGCUCAAAUUUCAGCAAUCGGCAGACGCCCGCCAACACGAACAGUCUUGUCGAUCGAUCGUCGCGAGAGAACCAGGGACUACAAACGGCGCAAACAUGCGCCUGUAACUCAAGACUUUUGGAAACUGGGAGCCAUUGUUCGUCUUACCGUUGGUGGAGCGCCGGAAUAUUCUGGCCGUGUACACGCGAUUCCCGACCACGACACGCGCGUAACGAUCAGUACGCUUAUCAGAUUGCCCAAAUUCAACAGAAACAACACAAACGGGCAUCUUCGGUGUCGUCCAGCGAGAAUUUCUCCUCAUCUAGAUCGGAUUCUUGGCGGCAGACACAUCACUGUGGUAUUCCGCUCAGACUGCUGGAUCCGAAACGAAGGACCUCCUCCUGGCUGAUUACCAGGAAACCGUCGCAGGAUUCGAAUUUAAGCUCUUCGCGUAACGAUUCUUCUGGUUCCGCAACCACUGCCAGCACCAGUACCUGGCGCAUCUCGAGAUCCAGUGCCUCUCUAGAAAUUAGCACGCGCAAUACGCCAAGACCAAUCAGACCGAAGCCGCGACUGACACGUCAACUAGCAAUCCAGGAGCCAGAGCCUCCAGGAUCUCCGGGAAGACUAGCCGUCAGACUACUUGCCACGAUACCUUCGGCGGCUGAGACCAGCGAUCAACAAGAUGACGAAAAUGUACCGACAAAUUAAAUGUUUCAAUUUCUAACUGUAUCUAUUUUUAUGUAUUAUACAUAUGUAAUCUGCGUCGCAUUUUUUUUUAAAUGUACUCUCGAGAAAACGAAUUUUUUGAUAAACAAAUUCUUUAGUAUUAACCAAAGUUACUUUAGAAGUAACUCGUUACCGUUAACGUUAUUAAAAAAUUAACGAGUCAUUAUUAUAUUCUUGACACUAUUACAGAAAAA